UAUGAUUGCAAUAUCUUAGCGAAAGAGGUAACAAAAUAUUGGUUCUGGAAAUAAAGUGAUUCCACAAAAUAACAACCAGCCGUUCGAGUCCAAAAUAUUCCAUCGUCAAAUAUUUCAAACACAUAUAAUAGUCGCAACCAUCCUCGUCUCGGUUCGGAACGUACAUGGGCCGAUCGAUUGGAUGAGUUUUGACCUUGCGCCCAAGCUAUAGUUUCCUCAACCGUUCUAAAUGUUUCAAAUUGAUUAAUCCGAUUCACUUCAGGAUUGGGUUACGUUGUCCCAAAAUGAGCCGGAAUGUCGAUCCUUCUCUAUAAAUGCUGUACACAGCUAGCGAGCUAGCUAUCAACACGAAGAACCAAAAAGUUCCCAAGGGAGAGAUCGAGAUCACCAAAACAGUUCCUUGUGACAGAAGAAACAGAUGGAGAUUAUAAAGCGGCAGGUUGAGGCGAAGUAUCAAGAGCUUCGUGUGAAGUUUCUCGAGGUAUUUAACGGGGAAUUCACUCAGAAGUAUGAUCUGAUCGCCCUGAAACGUCUUUUCCUCGAGCAUGAUGCGAAACAGCUACUGGGCGUGGACGAGGCCGACCCUAGGGUUCAUGAGUUGGUCAUCAGGCAGCAGCAGCUUGCUCAGGAGCUUGCGGAUCUCGAUGGUGCCAUCAUUGCCAGGUUUGCCCCCGUGAAAGAUGUCAUCUUUCGCGAAAUCGAUGCAAUUCUGAACCAAGCAGCAGCAGCAGCAGCUGAUGAUGCUAAGGUUGCCCAUUCAGAAGUGCUUCAAGCUGAACUCAUGGAGCUGCGGAAACAGGUGGAUGCGAUUCGGAACGAAGCAGCUGCUGCUUCGAUUAGCAACGAUCUUAGCCGCCUAACUAUCUGACAUUAUGCGCUUUUCUCGUCAUGUCUUACUGCUAUUUGAUGAUGUUUGAUGAGCAUGUAUCUAGAAGUUAAGUAACAAUUUUUGUACAAAGUACUGAUCUUUGAGGGUCUGCUCACUGCUGGGUUGGGUGAUUGAUUGAUUGAUUAUGAUAUUGCUGCUUUGGUUGAGACUCCAUGUAAUCUUCACCAGCUAAUUAACGUAGAUAGAUAGUUAAACUUUACAUAACGAUUGAGAUCCUACAUAAUCCUUGGAUUCUGAAGUACAUGGAUUUCGUAUCGGAACGAGACAACAAGACGAUGUUUUUAUUGUACAAAACCAUGCAUUCAGAGUCACAUGGGACAAUUGCCCUGACCCUUGUUCUUGAUGUCAUACCAAAACCAGAACCCACGAUCUGUCUACUCUACUGUGAUGAGAGUCUAACUGAAUUAGGACAAACAAAAAUGGUUCUCUUGAACUCAAACAUAAACUAAAAGGGAUGAAUUGGCCAUAUAGUUUCUAUCCUGAAGUGGGAGGGAGGGAGAAGAAAUAACUAUACAGUUGGCUC